AUGUCCACGGAAUUGAGUACGACCCAGCAACACGCCAUCGACGCCGUACGGGCCCGCAAUGACACCCUCGUGCUGCUACUGGAACUAGGUACCCAAUUACGCAACCCCGACUUCCGGAACUCCCCCCAAGUAUUAGAACUAAUCCCCACUUUAGCAGACAUCUUCGUCGAUGACUGCCACUCUGAACCACUAACCCUAGAAGCCCUACGCGUGCUCAUCAACUUGACGGCCGAUAGCGACCGCAACCGGUGCCAGAUUAUUACACACGCCCACCUCUGGCGCCGUGUUCUCGGUAUGGUUGGCACAGAAAGAGUAUCGAUUCUUCUCGCCCAGUUUGUCAGGAACACCGAGUGCAUUUCUAAGUUUUCCCAAUUUUUCUACAAGCUAGGGAUCCAUGAGCCGUUGGUCAAGAGUCUCUUUACUGGUGGUGAGGUGGACGUGGCGCUGGUGGAGUUUUUGGCCGGGGUGUUGGUGCCUGAAGUGUUAACUCCUGAGUUUGUGCCAGUAGCCGAGCGCUAUUUGCCAGUGUUUGUGGACUUGUACCGACCCCACGACGACCUCGACCACGAAGACACCGCCGAGUUGUACGAGAGUCUCCUGACUCUUUUGUACCAUCUCACCCAGUUUGACGACAUGGAUACAACAGUUUUGCCCCAGUUAUACCCGCUUUUCGAGCAGUACACUGAGAGUUCGAGUGUCAGCAGGCAACUUUUUUCCACCGUGGGCAACCUCCUGUCGAUGCACAGGUUUGGCACCAUCGCCGACGUACACACGGCGUUGCAAUGGCUCCCCCGGGGUAAUCUCUACCGCCAGGCGGCCGCAUACUUGGUGGUGGGAAAUUACGUCCAAAGCCAGGCCCAGUGCGAUGAGGUCAACGCCCUAGUGGGCGACACAUUUAUUAGAGACUACUUCUCCACCGCGUUCUCCGACGUGGUGCAGUACCAGUCGCUCCACGCCAUCAAGAACCUUGUCACGAGUGCCACCAGUAAACAGGUGCUUGACCACCCCAGUUUCAUGGGGUUCUCUAAAGUGCUUAUCGACAACCAGAGCUACUACCAGGAAAUCUUCCUCACGUACUUGGCGUGUGUGAAAAAACUCGUGCGAUUGACGUUUAACGAUGUAUCCACAUCCAUCUACGAGUACGAGCGGUUGUGGAGUUUGGUGGAUUCAGACGAAAUCUAUUUGUGCAUUUGCCCAUUCAUGGACAGAAGUGAAUGCGAUCUCAACCAGCGACUUUUGACGAAGGUGUUUUGUGCAGAAAUGCCGGUGGAGGCCACCAGAGUACUUGACCGACUCAAGGCUCAGGCGGUGGUAUUAAAGAACAACGUGGAGAUGGUUACAAGGCGAUUGGGUGCUGAUUCAAACUUCAAAAAUGAGGUUUUGGUGCGGUUGCAAAAGCUUGGGGAAAUGGUGUCGGGGUCUGAUGAGAGCCACCCGCAACACCAAGUGGUUGCCAACAACGCGCGAUAUGUGGCGGGGGCGAUGAUGGCGGUGGGCGACGCGGAGGUGGUGGCGGCCGCGCGCCAGAUGUUGGUCUGA